GAAUUCUCGCGCGCGGGCGCACCAAACAUCAUUUGUUGACUUGUAGCUCACACGUGAAUUUUUUUAUAUUUUGUGGUAAUUUCCAAAUCGUCGGGUAGUUGUGUUUUAAAACUAUUAUUCCCGGCGUUUACCACUUGUUUUUCCCCCCAAUGUAAGUGCAUUUAGGCUUGUUUUGGGCGCGUGAUUGAAUAGGCUAUCAUAGUCGUGACUUAUUGUCCUGUUACAAUGGGAUGUUUUAUACAUAUUUGAGAGUUUGCAUUUUUCACGCUGAAACCAGCAACGGCAGAUAUCUGCUGAAUCAGUGAUGGAUCCAGAAAACACAGGGAAUGGUGUGGAGGAAGCUGCAGGCUUGAAUGAUGAAGACCUGGAGUUUUGUGAUGAAGAAAGUGUGGCUUCCAGUGUGGACACCACAACAGAGGAGAUGUUUCUUGAUGGUCUUGACCCUGUUCUAGAUCAACCUAAGAUUGACUUACAUGAGAAAGAGACAGAUUUACAGAAGAGAAAACGACCACGUCUGUCCUCCACAUCCUCUUUUUCCGAAGGAGGUGACAUGGAAGAUGGAGGCGAUAAUCAGUCCUUACCUGAUGUUCCCUCCAAAGAAAGGUGGCAUAAUGCAAAUGAGGCAGAUGUGGAACCACCCUGUAUAUUGUUCACACCCAUUGAAACACCUGGGCCAAAGAAUGUACCCUGUCUUUGCAGCAGUCCUAUGCAGUUUUUUAAGCUUUUCUUCUCAAAAUCUGUGUUACAAGGAAUCGUAGGGCACACAAAUGUUUAUGGGACCAAGUGCAAAGAUAAAACAGGCAAGCGAUGGCUUUACAUUUCACAUCAAGACUUUAAGUCGUUUAUAGCGGUGGUCAUUUACAUGGGUCUAUUUAAGUGCUCUUCUUUGAAGGACUAUUGGAGCGAGUCUCUGUACUCAAGUCUUCCCUUUCCCGCACAAGUCAUGUCUUAUCGGGAUUUUUUGAUGAUUUCCAAUGCCUUGCAUUUAAGCAAUACCAGCGAGGAUGAGAAAAAUGACAUGAAGAAAGGAACAUCAUCCUACGAAAAACUAGGCAAAAUAAAAUCCAUGUAUCUAGAAAUAAGGGAGGCCUGCAAGAAUUAUUUUCAUCCUUUUCAGAACAUCACGAUCGAUGAAAGAAUGGUGAUGUCACAGGCUAGAACUGAACUCAGAGAAUGCUCGAAAAGUAAACCUGCAAGUAGGGGUUACAAACUGUUCGCACUGUCAGACUGCACCACUGGCUAUACGUGGGACUUUUUUAUUUACGAGGGAAAGUCGCGCGCACCGCAGACCCAGAGGUUGAGCUACGAGUCGGUUAUGUCAUUGGUAGAUGAAAAUUACCUGGGUGAUGGCUACAAACUAUUUCUGGACAAAUAUUUCACCAGCCCCGGUCUCUUCAGUGACCUCCUGCUUAAAAAGAUUUGGGCUUGUGGCCCUAUUUGGGCAAACAGGGAAGGUUUUCCAGAAGCAGCUGUCAAUAAAUUGCAAAGAAACGAUCCGCGCGGCACAAUGCGUUGGAUUAGGGACAAUGAGCUUCUGUUUGUUGAAUGGCAAGAUGUACAGAAAGUGCAGAUGUGCUCCACUUUCCACAAAGCUUAUGGAGGAGACACCGUGAAGAGGAAAGUGAAGGAUAAGGAUGGAAAUCGGACCCUCGCUGAUAUUCCCAUUCCAGCUGCAGUGUUGGACUACAAGAGGACUAUGAGUGCACUGGAUCCAUCUGUUCGCAUUACUGCGCAUUACAGAACGCUACAUAAACCGAAAAAGUGGUACCAGUGUUUCUUUUAUCAUUUUUUGGACAUUGCCAUCAACAAUGCAUUCAUCCUACAGGAACUGAUGGCCAAGGAAAGAAACACGAAAGCUUUGACCCGAAAGGCGUUCAUGGAGAUGCUCAUUGAGGAGCUUACAGAAAUCGUUCAGAAAGGUUCACAGAAAAAGUUCCCGAAUCCUGUUUCUGCCCCGCCUCAGAUUUCUACCUCUGCUCAGCCUUCGACCCCAAGUCCCGCUCCCCCCUCAGAUACUCCUUUUUUCCACAGGCCGAGAUACAUUGCACAGGACAGCUCUAUUGGUAGGCGGAGAUGCAAACUCUGCAGCCAAAAAACUCCAAUUGUAUGCGAGACAUGCAGUGUAGCAUUGUGCUUUCAGCCUAAGCGUGACUGUUUUGGUGAAUGGCAUGAACGGGGACCGUUAUAAUCUAGGGGUAUAAUACUUAAAAUGCUUAUAUGUUACCUUUAUUCCCCCACACCUUUCUUAAGUUCAAUUGCGGUGCAUUUAUAAUUAUUUGAAUAUUCAAAUAUAAAGUGUUUUGUAGAUAAUUGAUUUGCGCAAAAGUGGGGGAAAGUUGUGUCUUGUUCAUUUAGUGCAUAGUGUAUAUGCAUAUGUUGAAUUUACUGGAUUGUAUUUUAUUUUUUUAUUUUGUUUUGAAUUUAUUAUUAUUGGUCUGAAUGGGAUUUCUGUAACAAUUUGUAUACUGGUCAAUUGUAGAAAAUGUGAAUAUUUCUUAUUCUGUCAAAAAUAUGCCAUACAGCCUGAAUAUUUUUUAUCAGCGCAGCAAUUAAUAUUUAUUUUGAAAAUCUUGAGAAAAACAAUUAAAUAAGAAUGUUUUCCUAUUAGGACAAGUCUGCUGUAUUCCUUUAUUUUUAUAAUGUAUUCAAAUAAAUGUAUAGUACCUA